AUGAUGCGGCGGGCGGCCGGUGUGUCUGAGAGCCGAGCUGUGUCUGCAGACAGAAGCCGCAAAGGUAAAUAGUCCCGAGAAGGUGCUGAGAGAGGAAACAUCUGCAGAGGGAGGGGGCGAGGAGAGCAAGGCGUGGAGGAGAAAUCAGCUUAGAAAUAUAAUCUGAUUACCCAGAUUUAAUAAUUAGACGCCUUCGGGGAUAAAAGCAUCAAUAAUCAUUUCUGUGUGGGAAUAAAUCUGCUCCUGCGUCAUCCCAGCCACUCCACAUCUGAGCAAGAAGAAACAACAACACCUCGGCUGCAGGCAGGACCAGGAUCCAGAUCCUGGGCUGCAGGCUGUGAGUCAAGUGCGUCUCGUCUCCCGGAGACAGUUGUGUGAGUGUCCUAAUAGCCUCCUACAUGAGGAGCAGGGCAGCGUCUGCAGACACUGACGAGAAACGACAUGCGUGAAAGAAUCGCCCUCUGUAGUGGGCUCCGAGAUUAUGCAAUUACACCGAGCCAGAGCCCCACACACCCACGAGAAUCUAAUUCAUGUUAAGCGGCCUUUACUGGUGCAGCAGCUGAGGUGAAGGGGGAUUUCCUGGGUGAGUUUUUGGAGCUCAGUCAAACCUGCAUUCACGCACUGCUUUGCAUACCAAGAGACGUGGAGAGGGCGAGAAAAAGGAGCUCUUCAUCCGCACUGAUGCCCACCACUCCUUACCUUAUCUGCAGUGUGGGCAAUUUAAAGGGGAACACAUCUCCUGCUUUUCUUCAGCUGCACCGCUGAGGCUCAGGAUUUCUACCAUCAGAGCUGAUGAGUGAAAAAAAAACUCAUCUUUAUGAAUAAAGUUCUUUUCCAGAAAACACUCAGGCCCAAACUUGGAGACCGUGGAGAGUCGAGAGAGAUCCACAAGUUAUAAACUGACAAAAACUUGUGUCACAGUUAAACUAUAGAGGUUAAAACUGAAACGGUCAGUGUUUAAAGUGUAAAGAAAAAGGUGUCAGUACUCCCUCAUUCUCUUGUUGGUCAGUCUAAGUAAAUCUCGGGUGUUAAGAUCAGAAUUUUGACUAUUUAGUAUUUCACAGGUUUCCUGUAAAGACACCACACUGAAAAGGCCUGCAAGUUUCCAAGUGAAUGUCACGUGUCACAUAUUGGUGCAUUUAGAUGCUUUUAUAAUAACACCAAAAACAUUCCAGUGUGUCCAGGAGUUCAGAAGAGUAUCUGACCAGAAGUCUGGAUAUAAUAUGAUGCUGAACAUGUGAUAAAAUACAGAACUGAAAAAAAUAAAAUUGAAAAAUGUUCCAUCUUACAUGAUAUUAAACAAGAAGACAUGAAAUGACUGGUUAGUUCAUGAAACCUAAACCUGAGUGACUUCACUGGAUGUUACAUCACAUGAUGACAACGAUGACAAUCAGAUCACAAAGAUUCAUCACUUUGUUUUAUUAACAUAUCACCAAAGCCCCCUUUAAAUGAAUUAAAGUGAUGAUUACCGCCGUGAGGAGUCAUGAAGAAAUCUAUUUAAUGAUGUGACCACGAUAGUACAAGAAUCAGGAAGGUGAUAUAUUCUUCAUAUUUAGUUUGAUGUCUUCUUUAAAUCCAUCCAUCUAUUCAUCUAUGAACAGAAUCAGUGACAAACAGCAGCAGAGUCCAACCCUCACCAGAAACGAGUCCGACUUACUACUGUCUACGCAGACCAAGCUCUGGCACUGGUCGUACUGGGGAUGAACAGCCCUUGUCAGGGUGUCCGGGACUCCAUACUCAUGGAGAACCCCCACAGGACUCCCUGAGGGACACGGUCAAAUGUGAAAACUGCUCUGCAGCUCCUGAAUCUGGGGUUCGACUAUCCGGGGGGACCCUCCUCUCCAGGACCUCUGAAUAGACCUUCCUGAGAGGCUGAGAAGUGUAAUCCCAUAUAGUUGGUACACACCCUCCAAUAGGGCUGGGCGAUAUGGCCUCAAAUCAAUAUCAUGUUAUAUUGAUCAGUUCACCUUGAUAACGAUAAAUGGACGAUAACUACUCCACAAGCUGCUCACCCCCUCCCACAUUAACUUCGUCUACUUCAGCCGCUCCAACUUUUGAACCGUCCUCCAUCUCCUCACCUGUCUUUCCCUCUUUGUCACGUCUCUGACGUAGGACAGCGUCUUAAAGGGACAUGAAACCAUAGUCUACCUACACACAUCCAAAACCAGUUUUUACUUAUCCAUUGAUUUUUUACACCGAAUAUACCAAUAUGGGCAAAAUGAUGUUGGUUAUUGUCGUAAAUUUUUGGUUUAUCUCUCAGCCCUACCCUCUGAUCCCCCUUCUUAUACAGGGGGACCACCACCCUGGUUUGCUAAUCCAGAGGCACUGUCCCCAAUGUCCACGCGACGUUGCAGAGUCGUGUCAGCCACGACAGUCACAACAUCCAGGGUGAAUCUCAUCCAACCCCGAGGCCUUGCUGCCACUGAGGAGCUUAUUAACCACCUCGGCAACUUCCGCCCCAAAGAUAGAAGAGCCCACAUCUGAGUCCCCCUGGCCUGCUUCCUCUUUAGAUGGUGGGAUUGAGGAGGUCUUCGAAGUUUUGUUUAAACAUAACUAUAAAUAACCAUAAAUAUAAUCCAAAAGCAUCAAACGGUGAAGCUUCAGUGUGAACUAAUCGAACAAAAGAGAAGAGUCACCGCUGCUCAUGUAAACGGAGCUGAAAAGCACGUUUCUCUCUCUCCCAUGUACGUGUCUCCUCUGAGCUGUUUUGGUGUGAUUAUGAGCAAACGCCGCGGCUGCAUCAUCCCUCAUGAAGUCAUUUUUCUGCCUUGUAAUUCUUACAACAGCAGUUAUAUUUGUUCCCUUUCCUGGCAACAAGCUUCAUUAAUAAUAGAUAGGAGGGUGACUAAAAUAGAGCAAAUCCUCCAUCAUUGUGGCGGGCUGCAUUCAGAACAAAGAACUAACUGAUCAAUAGGCAGAUCCUUGCCCUGCUAUCAAUUCUGGCGCCAGGAGUGAAAGCGUGGUGUCCAGAGAUGACCUGCGGCGAGGCCAAAGGGCGGCGGGAAUCCCUCUGUUGGGAAGUGAGCGAGGGGAUGGAGGAGGGGGGUGGAGGAAAGGGAAAGCCAGCAGGAUGAUUGAUGUGGGACUUGACUUUGCCAAGGUUACUCCUGGCAGACCCGAGUCCAUCACAGCUCCCGGCCUCGUCCCGUCUGUCUGCCUGCCUGCCUGCCUGCCUGCCUGCUCGCCGUCCUGCUGCCACACACACACACACAGAUACCUCUCACUAUCUCUUAAUGGCUUUCCCAGGUUCCCCAUGACAGCACAGCCAUUAUUUAUGAGCCGGGGGCCCGUUACAAAGACUGUUAAUGCAGCCUCCAAAGCUCAGUUCACUUUGCAUUAGCUGGCUGUCUUUAAUUAAAAGCGAAGGGUCCGUGCUCUGUGAACGCCGUGUGCGUUUACAUCGUAUGUGAACGUGAAACUGUGGAGGGUUCGUAUACGCCGGUGUCAAUGUCGAGUUUGCUUCCAAGAGGUAUUGAUUUCAGUCUUUUAAAUCAGGGUUUAUUUUUUGGCACAAAGAGAAAAUGAAGUGGAGGAACUGAAGGGUCAUUAUCACUUAGCCUUCAGCUGAAUGCCAGGCUGCUCUGCACUCUGCUCGCUGUGAAGGAUAAGAAGAUUAAGGUCUCUUGUCGUGUAAUUACAUGUAGUAAGGGGUGAAAUAUCUCAUUAAAACUAAACAAAUAGCUGCUCUACCUGUCUGAUGUAUGAGUGAGCAGGAGUGGCUGAACAGAUGGAGAUGAUGGAGUGUGCACAUGCUAAACUAGGGCUGGGCGAUAAACCGAAAUUUACAAAUACCGAAAUUUACGAUAAUAACUGACGUCAUUUUGUCCAAAUCGGUAUAUUCUGUAUAAUCAGCCUCAAAGCAAAAAUCUUGAAUUGUCAAAUUAGUUUGUUAAUUAGCUAAAAAAAGAAUUAAAAACUUCAUUAGUGAUCUUUGACUUUUGUGCUGGAUAAAUUUAAAUUUAAAUAAAAUAUGUUUAACAUUUAAUUGUCAAGUUGAGAUUUUUCUUCUAUUUUACUAAAAAAUAGUUUUAGGUUCUGCAAUCGGUCCUGAGGUAGGGGUGGGCGAUAAACUGAAAAUUUACCAAUACUGAAAUUUACGACAAUAACCAACAUCAUUUUUUCCAUAUCAGUAUAUUUAAAAAAAUAAAUAAAUCAAAGUUGUUUUUGGAUGUGUGUAGGUAGGCUAUGGUCUCAUGUCCCUUUAAGACGCUGUCCUACGUCAGAGACGUGACUCCACCCCAUCCAGUCUGUAACAAAGAGGGAAAGACAGGUGAGGAGAUGGAGGACGGUUCAAAAGUUGGAGCGGCUGAAGUAGACGAAGUUAAUGUGGGAGGGGGUGAGCAGCUUGUGGAGUAGUUAUCGUCCAUUUAUCGUUAUCGAGGUGAACUGAUCAAUAUAUCCUGAUAUUAAUUUGAGGACAUAUCGUCCAGCCGUACCAAGAGCAGAGGUCUGGCUGAAUUAUUGACAUCAUAUAUGAUUUUACAUUUACUUUAAAGUUUGGUGAAUUUUGUUAUCAGACUAAAAAAAAGGUAUUUUUGUUUACUAGUUAAUUUGAUUGAGAAUUCAAUUAUAAUAUGAUUGUCCUGAAACAUAUUGAUUGUUCUAAUAUUGAUUUAAAGGUUUAUUAUUGUGAUUGUGGGCUGUGUUUCUAAUAUCCUAUUGUAUUGCUCCAACCUACUAACAUAAGUGAUCUUUUUAUGUUCAGUUUAGUUUUUCUCAAAUACAUUAAAACAUAAAAUAAUAUCUUACACAUAAAAUACGUCAUUUAAAAGUUUAACUUUUUGGUAGUUUCUCAUUUUAGGAGACUCGUGGUUUCAAAAAAUUAACAGGCCUAUUUUUACUCAAGAAAAUAGUGUCAAGUUCGGUGUAUAAGACACAUUUUUUAUACAUUUUUUGUCCUCUAAAACGUGAGCUGCAUCCGACUGACCCUUUUGACCAACAAACCAGUUUGAAUGCAGUGACAUAUUUUACCCAGAAGGUGGCACUCGAAGAAGUAAAGGACCACUUGCACAAAUUUCCCCUCAAAACCUCAUUGAGCUGGAUCGUGACUUUAAAACUAGACCACAGACCAGUGAGUUUAACUCUCUCAGUGAUCCAUGGAGCUGAAAACCCACGCUCUCAGCUCUGUCGCGUUUAGACCGGCAUCAAACUGGCGUUGGUGGAGGUGGUUUCAGGUUUGUACAUUCUUGUUUUCUCUUCUUUGAAUCAUGAGGUGAAUUUGAUCACCUUUCAUAAAUAUAUAUAUAUUUAAAUAUGUUGCCAGUUCAGCAUAAACAUAAACCAACCGUUCCCAGAGUCCUCAGAUGACUCAGAUGUAAAUAAGUUUAUCGAUGGCGAGUGUCAGAGCUGUUUAGUUCCCUCUCUGGAGAGCAGACCUCUUCUUUACGAACACUGACUGUCUGUCUGCUCUACCUCCUCACUUCUUGGCACUGCAUUGCAGCAGCCACAAGUUUCCAGCACACACACACACACACACACACACACACACACACACACACACACACACACACACACACACACACACACACACACACACAGACAGUUUAAAUUGCAAUAUGAUUCAGCAGCUCUCUGAAUUUGAGCAGCAGAAAUGCACAAAAUAAAAUGUUGAACUUUUGCACAUAAUUUAAUUUUAAUGUCAUCUCUGUUUACUCAGACUCUUGUUUAUUUUCUGCCAUGUUUCCUCCUCUCCUCAGGGGAUCCAGAAAUCCCACAAACUUGCUCCUGAACACUUUAUUUCCAAAGCAUCUCGUCUGAAACUCGAUUUGUUUAACCCUCUGGGAGAUGAGUCAUUCCAGUACCGAGGAAACACUAAGGUGCCCUGCAAAAGACGCCGCUGUACACAGAGACAGAAACCAGGCUCUGAAUGCAGAGGAGGGUAAAUUAAAACAAAGGUUUCCAGACGUACAGUAUGGUGAAGCGGGUCUGUGUGUCCUCAGUGGAGAAAAAAAGAGGAAGUAGAGAGCGGAGAGGAGAAAAAAGAGAGUAGUGCUGAUCAGAUUGAGGCCCGGCAGGAUGAGGAUAGAUGUUGGAAAGGAGCCAGAAACCAGGAGAGACACAAGGACACUAGUCGCUCCACACUGCGGUACGCUGCCAAGCUGCACACCACACGGCCAGAAAAUCUCACGCAAGUCUGAAAAACACCCACUGCAAGAACUAAUUAUCUGAACCUGCUACCUGUGGACAUUUUUCACCGGUUUACAGAGCCUGUACCGACACAUGCUGAGGUCAAAUUUACAGAAAACAUGGAGUUUAAUUUACGACUUCUGUGUUCGUCAUUAAUGAAGAAGAUGGCGACAAAAUGACCCCCAAAAAGAGAGAGAGAGAGAGAGAGGAUUGUGGCUCCGGUUCAGUUCAGCGAGCUCUCAUUGCAGCUGAAGAGCUGAAGAGAGGGAUGUGAGUCAGUCAGGGAGUGAGAGAGUGAGUGAGUCAGUGUCACUGGUGCAGGGAAACCCUCCUCUGCUGCAGUCGACCAUGGGUGUGUGUGUAAGUGAGUGAAAUUCAAGUCAAGGUAAGUAUGUUCGAGGUCAUGUUACACCAAGGUCAAACACACGAAACGAGACACUUUUCAGAGGAGGAAAAAUAAAACUGCACCAAUCAGCUUUUUGAUAUGCAGAGAAAGACUCCGGAGAAGGAGGAACUUAACUCUGUGCAUUUCAUGCUGCAUCGAUUUAUUGCAGCAUUUCUCUCCGCCCGUGAAUAUUUAAGCAAAGCCCGGUUUUGUUCCCUUUCCAUGAGGUGGAAAGUGCAUUCAUAGUUUUGCAUUGAAGCUGUAUGUAAUGUUUAAGAGGGACCAGACUGCAGUGUUUGUCUACUGCAGCACAGAUGCACAUUAUAGGACUUGUGGGAUUUACAGCGACGGCGUCUGUGUCACUGCGAUGAUGCAAUCCCUCGCUUUUUGUUUGCCAGUGACUCAAGGAGUGAAAAAUAUUCGCCUCGUCCUCGUGCAGCAGUCAGAUCUGCAGUCAAUGCUGCUGCUGCUCUCUCGCACACGAGACACCUGA